GCAGAGCGCGCGGGCCACGGUUGCCGUGGCAGCGCCGGCCGAGCUGAGGGCUGCGGGCGCGGCGCCGGCACCGCGGCGGUCUGAGGCGGCGACGCGGCGACCCCGGGGCCCGCGGCCCGGCCCGAGGCGGCGGGGGCAGGCCUGAGGGGCGGGGCGCGCCGCCCGGCCGGCGGGGAUGCGGGACCGGCUGCCGGACCUGACGGCGUGUAGGAAGAAUGACGAUGGAGACACAGCUGUCGUGGUUGAGAAGGACCAUUUUAUGGAGGAUUUCUUCCACCAGGUCGAGGAGAUUAGAAACAGUAUCAGUAAAAUAGCUCACUAUGUUGAAGAAGUAAAGAAAAACCACAGCAUCAUUCUUUCUGCACCAAACCCGGAAGGAAAAAUUAAAGAAGAGCUUGAAGAUCUGAACAAAGAAAUCAAGAAAACGGCUAAUAAAAUUCGAGCCAAGUUAAAGGCCAUCGAACAAAGUUUUGAUCAGGAUGAGAGUGGGAACCGGACCUCAGUGGAUCUUCGGAUACGAAGAACCCAGCACUCGGUGCUGUCUCGGAAGUUUGUGGAAGCCAUGACGGAGUACAACGAAGCGCAGACGCUGUUCCGGGAGCGCAGCAAGGGGCGCAUCCAGCGUCAGCUGGAGAUAACCGGGAGGACCACCACGGACGCGGAGCUGGAGGAGAUGCUGGAGAGCGGGAGGCCUUCCGUCUUCACGUGCGACAUUAUAUCAGAUUCACAAAUUACCAGGCAAGCUCUCAGUGAGAUCGAGUCUCGUCACAAGGACAUCAUGAAGCUGGAGACCAGCAUCCGCGAGCUGCACGCCAUGUUCAUGGACAUGGCCAUGUUCGUGGAGACCCAGGGUGAAAUGAUCAACAACAUAGAAAAAAACGUUAUGAAUGCCGCAGACUAUGUAGAACAUGCUAAAGAGGAAACUAAAAAAGCUGUUAAAUAUCGCAGCAAAGCGAGAAGGAAAAUGAUGUUCAUUAUUAUUUGUGUAGUUAUAUUGCUUGUGAUCCUUGGAAUUAUCCUAGCAACAACAUUGUCAUAGCAACUUCAUGCCGAGAGCUGCUUAUCCUUGGAGAUUCAGACCACAUCUGUACCAAAGUCAACAUCCUGUCGUUUAUGGAAUGCAUCUUAGACAUUGUGGCAGGGCAUUGGGUGUGACUUCUUAAUUGGUGAAUUUGAGGAGAAAGCACAACAGAAUGUCUUGUCCAGUGAAGCACGGAGCAGAAUGGAUGUGUGGAGUGAAAUGUCCUCGGACUCUAAAUAACACACCACAAAACUUUAACAAUGUGAAACUUGUUUCCAUGGCCUUGGAAUAAGAAAUUAUUGAAAAUUUCAAUUUUUAAAAAUAUUUCAGUGUUAAAAAUGUAUGUGAAGUUUAAUUAGGAAUAUUUUUAUGUUGUGAAGCUAUUAGAUUUCAAGUCUAAGACUUUCCUUCCUACCCUUCUCCCAGCUAAUAUAUGCUAAUUAAGAGACAUUUUGUACUAUGUUUAAUUUGUGUUUACUUAUUGUUUGAAGAAACAGUUUUUAUCACAGAGCUGUUUUGUAAGAUAUCUGUAAUUUUAAAUGUUCAUAAAUUGCUUAAUAUAUUAACAUCUUAAUUUACCCCAUUUUAUACACUAAAUAUCACCUUUUCAAUGAAAUAGGAAGCUUCAUGAUUAUCAGAACCGUCUUUGUACAGUUGUUUACAAAGUUUGCCGUUGUCAUAGGAAACGUUGGUUGCAAAGCCGGGCAAACGUCAAGGGCCUUCUGUAGCGCCGGUCGGCAAGGUCGGGACGCCGGACACCCUCCAGCAAGGUCUCGACCACUUAGCUCCACUUCCACCUGUCCGUUGGCCCAGGGUAAUCAACAAUCAGCGGCUGCACUGUAAAGACGACGCCGCUUUGUCGCUGUUGUGGGGUUUGUGUUUCCCUGUUCACGUUAACAAAGUCUGAAGUUAAGGUGGCGAUGAAACCGAGGUUUAGUGCUCUAUAAACUCAAGGAAAUUAUUCCUAGACAUUAAGCAGUUCUUACAAAUUUAAACUAUUGUACAGAUCACUUAAAUGUUCUUGUUAAGUACCUAACAUUUUGCCGAACUUUAAAAGUUAAUUCCCAAAGUUUAUAGGGAUCUAUGAUAAUUAAACAUUUUUAUUGCUCAUUAUUGUUUUUAGGAUAAUAAUAGGAUUUAUUUUUAGCUUAUAAUACGUGUGAGCUAGAGAGUGCACAUCUAUUAAGACAGUAACUAGUCAGAAUUCUAGAUGAAUAUGUGAAGGAGACCCAGAAUGUAGUUACCUCGUGCUACGCCUGUAUGUGAUUGUAUAAGCAUGUGACUAUAUUUUAACAUUUGUUUGGCUUGAAACUAGCGUAUCUGUGCUCGAUUCAAACAAUAAGUCUGGGCAAUAUUAGACAGUUUAGAAACUGUGUUCCUUAUGUAAUACAAUUAUGAAUUUCACUCGCUUAUAACUUAUCCAUCCGCUUAGCUUAGACCUAGGUCUGUCUGUAGCAUUUCACGUCCACAGCUCCUCACUGUGUGCUCAGAAUUACUGUAGGAGUAUUCUGGAGAUAUAUAUAAAUAUAUGUAUUUUAUUUUUUGGUCUUUAAAUAGCCUGCCAGUAGUAUGUGCUCACUGAUUUGUGGUUAAGCUGAAGGUAUAACUUGUCUUGAAGGGUAUCGAUGUAUCCAGAGAUCAUGCAUGUACUGAUACAACCUCUGCACACUUGUGCACGGAAUCAUGUCCACGUGCAGAGGCCUCUGCUCCUGAGGACCCGUCUGCAUCCAUGUCGCGCUUCAAGCUUAGUCUUCUUGGUCCUCGCUGCUCGUAACACUGCUCGUUGUGUUUGUUCAAGUUGUUCUUCCUAGAUUUGAAGUAUUUACUGAAUUUGUGUUUUUAUAGUCGAAGUUAUGGAAAUGUUUUUUUUAUUAUAUUUAGAUAUUUAAGUCAGUUAUCGAAUGACACAUUUGUAUGUCUAAGCUUCAUGUACCUACUAUUUGAAAUCAGAUUUUUAAAAAUAUAUUUACAGAUUCAUUUAUUACUUUUUAUCAUUUCUUCAAAUAUUUCAUGUUUACAUUAAAAAAAAUUUCCAGAGAAGCAAAAAAGAAGUAUUUACUUUCUGUCUUGCUAUCCAUGUCUGGAAAGAUUUUUGGGGAGAUAUUUUAUUGCAUAUCCAUUAAUAAAUUGUCAUACUAAGGAAAUUA